GGGCUUGCACAGGUUGCUCCGUGCUCCCUGCUCGGCCGCCUGGCAGUGGGAGCGGGGCAUGUGCGGAGAAGGAGGCUGGAGGGCGGGGGCUGCUCUGGUCGGGGCUGAAGUUGGGCUGCGUGUGUGCAACACGGGGCGGGGGCGCGGCGCCGGGACCGACUCGCCGUCCGCAGAUCCGCGCAUUUCCAGCCCGAUGGCCUCGGGCACGAGCAAGAGCCGUCAGCCCGGGACUUGCAAUGGACCCCAAGGCGCGCGCUGCAGCCCGGCAGAGGAGUGCAGCGGGGAGAUCCACACGAAAAUGUGCAAGAAGAUCGCCCAGCUCACCAAGGUGAUAUAUGCCCUGAACACUAAAAAUGAUGAACAUGAGGCCAGCAUACAGGCUCUUAAAGAAGCACAUGAAGAAGAGAUUAAGCACAUCCAUGCUGAGACAAAGGAAACAGUCCUCCAGUAUAAAAGCAAAAUAGGAGAAGAACAGGUGCUACGAAAGCGUAUUCAGACCCUGGAAGAUAUGCUGGGGCAACACCAAAUGCUAAAGGAAGAAGCCUCAGCAAAAUUUAUCAUGUGCAAGAAACAGCUGAGAACAGAGGGAAAACAGCCUGAGUUGAUCAGUUCCCUUUCCAAGGAGAUGUUAGAUAUGAAGACAGACUUUGAAAACAAGCUUCAGCAUUUAAACCAGGAGUCUGAGAGCCUAGUAAAUGACUGCAAAACAUUUGAGAGAGAGAACUUGGAUACAAAGGAGAGUUUAGAUGAAAAACACCGUGUGGAGAUGCAGGUUGUACUUAAUGAAAUGGAAAACCUCAAGAGUGAGAAUCAAAAGAUAAUUGAAGAAUAUGCUGAGAAAACCAGUAAAUUACAAGCUUUUUAUGAGAAAGAAAAAGACACUUUGAAAAAGGCCAUGCAGCAAUCAGUGGCAGAUAUACAGAAGCAGUGCCAGCAAAGAGAAAUGGAGCAAAGGAAAAUCAAUGAAGCCCAAGAGGCUGUUUUGUUGCAGCAAGUAAAGAAGCUGGAGGCUGACCUAGAGGCGAAAAGUCAAAAAAUAAAUGAGCUGAAGAAACAUUCCCAGAAGCUGAAGGAGAAGACACAGGACUUGGAAAUACAGCUCAGGGAAUCAAAACAAGAGAUUCUGGAGUCAAAGAGUACAAUGAAAAAACUGGAGGAAGAACUACCUGUUGCCAAAGAUAAGCUAAUACUGCAGGAGAAUGAAAUACUGAGGAAAGCAGAAGGAAUGGAAACUAUACUGAAUGCCCAAUGCAGAGCUGCUAAUGCAGCAGAUGAACUGAAAGACCAGAUAGUGCAGUUCCAACAAAAGACUUCCACCAAAGAGAGCCACAGUGGCAAGAAAGACUGUGAAGAUACAAAAGUGCCAAACCAGUCAGAGGACCCUGCAGCUACCAUAAAAGACGAUAUGAAGCAGUGGCAAAAAGAAGAACUUCGCAAAAUCAAACGUCAGUCAGAUGAGGAGAAAAUGCGUUUGAAGGGGCAGCUGGUGAAGGGAUUGGAGGACCUUGUGAAAAAACACACACUGGAAAUCAAGUCAGUACAAGCUUCCAUGGAAGCUGAAAGAAAAACAUUGCAGAAGGAGCUUCAGCUGCAGUUAGAGGAACUAAGAAAGAAAUCUGAGAAUGAAAUAAAGCAGCUGCAGAGAGAGAAAGAAGCCCUAAGUGGGAAACUUCAAGAUUCCUCACUUGAGGUUUCAAGACUGCAAGAAUUCAUCAGUCAAAAUCAGGAUAUACCCAAAUAUUCAGAAUGUCUUCAAACUUACUCCAGAAAGAUUCACAAAGAGCAGGAAGAACUAGAUAGCCUACACUGUGAAGAUACUGAGAUGCAGAGUCCAUCUGUGCAGCAUAAAGACAUGUCUAAAUUGCAGAGAGAGAGGGGCAGAUGCCAAGAAACCCCAAAAGCACAAAUGAGGAUAAAAAAUGAAGAAAAGCCAAGGCUGGAAAGUACAAGUGUAUCAAAAAAGGAAGAUAGACAAUCUGCUUCUGUUCCUUUACAAAAAGAAAAGACAAAGCAUGUCAAGGCUUUGCAGGAGGAAUGGCACAACCACAAGGCAGACUUAGAGUCUCAGGUUGCUCAGCUGAAACAAGCAUUAGACCAACAGGCACAUAACUUCAAAGAUGCUCUGCAGAAGCACAAUUUACAGUCCAACAAAGAAAAAGAGAAGCUUUUACAGGAUCUUCAAGACAUCAUUAAACAAAGUCAGAACGUUAAAGUGCAACUGGAGGCAUCAAAUCAGAGAGCCUUAAAAAAGCUAGAAAAAAACAAGAAUCAGGAACUCAAGGAAAUAGAAGAACGUUUGAAAAGGGAAUAUAAUAACAGUAUCAAGAUCCACGACCAGUCUCACAGGCUGGAAAUACAGGCUUUGGAAGAGAAGACAAAGAAUGAAUUACAGGGAGAAUUGGAGAAGAUACAGAAACAACAAACUCAGUUGCUAGAAUCUCUGAGGAUGGAUCUUUCUGAGCAACAGGAGUCCUGUGCCAGUCACAGAAAACAAAUAGAAGACCUACAGAUGGAGCUGAAGAAUGUAUGGUCCCUAAAGCAGCAGCAGGAAGGAAGUAGCCAGAGCCAGAUCAAAUCUCUUAACGAUGACCUGGAAAAAUGUCAGAAUGAGAUUUCUGGGCUCAAGAAAGAUAAUUCACUUCUAAAAGACACCAUGGAGUUGCUGAGUGCACAGGUGGACCUACAGAAGCAGGAGUCUGCCCAGCUUCAGGACAGGGAGAAGCAACACAGAAGGCUGCUGGAAGAUGACCUCAAAGGCAAGCAUAAAAAAGAACUGGAAGUCUUGAAACAAGAUCAUCGCAAGGAAAUCCAGAACAUGGUGUCUGAUUUCAGCAGUGCUCAGGCCCAUCUCCAAGCAAAGAUUGUCUCGCUAGAAACAGAACUUAAAGAAUUAGAGGAAAAGCCAAGAAAACGGGAGUCCAGGCAAGAAGAUAUGCAACUUAUAAGUUGCUUGCAAGAUAAAUUAAGUGAGAGAGAGGAGAUUAUCAAACACCUGAUGGAAGGAAGAAAAUUUCAUCAUUCACUUUUACCCGCCACCGAAGUUUACCGGAAUAGAUCCUUUUCUUUCAAUCCUAGUCCUGGAUGUUUAACUCCUUCCAUGAAGAAGAAGAAACUGGAUGAUGUGCCCAGCCGUGUUGUCAGUGUGCCAAAUUUAGCCUCCUACGCAAAGAGCUUUCUGAGUUGUGACUUGAGAUCAAAGAGGAGUUCUCCUCAAAUAACAAAAUCUACAAGCCUAGACCAGAGUCCCAGCUGCAUCAGGGCCUGCUAUCAGUCAACACAAUCCUCGGACUCUAGCACGGCCACAAGGAAACAAGACAACGAAGCAUCAAAAUUUACAGAUGACAAGAAACAAGACCCUCGGCAUCAGGAAUGGUUUACUAAAUACUUCUCAUUUUAAAAAACAACCAUUUCCAUAGUACUCCAAAUUAUGAGAUCAGACAAUUUCACUCUUGAGAAAUGUUUGCCCAGUGAACUGAUCUAAAAAUAUAUAUCUAUGUGUAAUUUGCACAGACCUUCAUAGGAAUUUACUGUUUUUGACUAUGGGAUUAUACACAUGGGUCUCAGAUAUACACGUGAUAAUAAAUAACCUCCUGAAACACGGGAGUUGGAUGAAAGAUUAUAGGUAAGUAUAUGGUCAACCCAGUGCCCAUGUUAAACAGAAAGUCUUCCAUACCAAGGUAAGAAUGUAUCUCUUGUGCAGCUACUUUUGAGUACUGAAUUAAUUUUUUGGUGCCUCAUGGCCCUGUCGGUUUGGCUCCUUUUUAAAGAACACCUUAUAACUUUACAGAAUUUUUCAGUAUAGUCACACUUGGUUUCAUAUUUAUUAUCUCCUCUACCCAUUUUCUCCCUUUCUUGGGCUGUUAAAUCAUCUCAGCUUAUUUGAAUGCUAUUUUUAGAGGGUGCUUGUUUAAUCUGGUAGUUUUUGUUAAAUUUUAUAUUGUACAGUAGUAUACCUCUUGGGAUGGUGUAUGUGUAAAAGGGAAUUUAGGACUAGUGGCUAGAUUCUGUUACACCUAGUACAAGUCUAAGUGGAGUUCAGUGCCUAAGUAUGAUUUUAUUCAACCUGGUUCAAGUACCUGAAAAUUCACUAGUGCAUCUACUUUUGUAAAACACUCUCAUACCUUUAAAAAUGAGUCUCAAAACCAGUGAGGAGGACAUUACUUGGUUUUCAGGGACUUGAGCAGGGAGGAUUGGAAUUGCACUUAUGCACCCAAGAGUUAGAACAGAAUCUGGCCUUAGAUUAUUCAAUUCAAGAAAUUGCUUUUGUAUAGUCUGACUGUUACCAGAUACUAUUCAUGUAGUUUUCAAUAAACAUAUUUAAAGAUCACUCUGGUAGACUCAGCAUAAAAUUCAACUUUGAUCAUUGAAACUUGCUUAUAGACCAAAUGUUCCUGUUUUUAUACUAUUUAUAUUGUAUAGAACUUUGAAAAACACUGUACAAUUCAUAGUUUCAAAUCUGUGAACAUUAUGCAUGCACACAUUCCAUUGGUGUAUUUUCUUUCUGCUCAUCUAAGCAGGAAGGAGCAAAUUCAAGAUCUCGCACUGCUUCCUUAAGCAUGAUUGUUUUUAACUGAUUAUCAGGAAAGAUGAUUUUGAAGGAAAUCUUACAUAAAUAAACGUAUCUUAAAGUACGCCAUCCCUAAAGUUGUCAUGGCUUUGUCUGCUCAUAAUCUCAAGAAUCAGAGAAUUCUAGAGCUGAAAGUCUACUACUGAGAUGAUCAGCACCUAAGUCUUGCAUUGUCCAUCACUGUCAACCCAUUGAUCUUUGGGGACAAGUAGUUUAGUUCUGAAAGGGACUCUAAGAUACGUUUUGGAAUAGUUUGUUAAUUUACGAAGAAAAUUACAGAAAGUCUAUUUACUAUAUGUAUAACUAUGAUCAAGGUAAUAAAGUGACAUACAGGAAGUAAUACUGAGAAAGAUCUCUAUAUACAAGUAAUAAUCUAAACACUUUGUCAUGCCUAUGUCUUACUUAGAGGAGGGUCUAUGAUGGAAAAGGUAAGUGAAUAAUUAUGAAUAUUUUAAUUUUGCCUUUACACAAUAUGCAAAAUGAUAUUCUCCAUUGUAACCAUCAGUCAUGGGUUUCCUAUGCAAAUUAUUUAUCUGCUACUACUUUGGUAUAUUGUGGCAUUGUAGCUAUGAUGCUCCAUGGACUAUGCAAGAAGCAGAAUUUAUUUAUUCAGUAAAAUCUUUUUGUGUCCAACUAUAAAGUUGGGAGGGAGUUUUAGCUAAAUUUCUGGCACAAAAUACACUUUCCCAAGCAAGCCUGAAGUUAAUGCACAUCAAUGUUAAGUCAUUCCAGUUAAAGAUACUUUGAUGAGGAAAGUAACAAGGGGAGCUCCCAGGUCAUCACCCACUUCCUUUUAAUUAUAGCUUCAGGAGAAAAACAAGCACUGGACCUUUGUGAAAACAAGCAGUCAACAGAAAGAAAAAAAAAGUGCCAGGCAUUACACUUCUGGAGGAGAGAGAGGUUAGGAAACACUAACUAUAGCUGCAUCUUUUUCUAUUAGGAUGGUCUUCCCAGAGUUUCACAGAUUCAUAGAUGUUAGGGUCGGAAGGGACCUCAACAGAUCAUCGAGUCCGACCCCCUGCAUAGGCAGGAAAGAGCGCUGGGUCUAGAUGACCCCAGCUAGAUGCUU